AUGGACUCAAUUAUUAAACAAAUCAGGGAGCUUCACGCUCAAGCAGAUGAAGACGGGCGAAGACAAAUCAAUAACGAACUCGGCAAGCUUCAUGCAUCUUUGGACACUGAUUGGGAUGUCGUUCUCAAGCUGGCAGGUGGUCCCCUCCAACUGGGUCUUGUCAAAAUCGGAGCGGACUUCGAAAUUUUCAAGGCACUCUCUGAACGUACUCACACGCUUUCGGAGCUCGUAGAUAAGACUGGCAUACCAUCAGAUAUGUUAAUCCGUUUCUUGCGUGGGCAAGCAUCCUUUGGCAUGAUCAAAGAGGAAGGCACAGAGGGGUUCUCGGCGAACCGGAUUACCAGGCUGUAUGCGGAGCCAAAUGUAUCCGGGGCCAUAACAUACACUUUCGACAUUUUGCGCCCAAUUGCUCAUACGUUACCGAGCUUCCUCAAGGACAGAAGAAAUACAAGUAUUACUUCCACGCAUGAUACUGUAUUUCAAAAGGCAUUCAACACGACUCAGCCUGGAUUUGAGUGGAUGAGCCAGCACCCAGAGCACAUUGGGAAUUUGUUCAAAUUUCUCGCUUUGAGGCCAAACCGCGAUUGGGUCGACUCCUUUCCUAUCGAGAAGGAACUGGAGUCGUUCAACGAGCCAAGCAAAACAAUACUGGUCGAUAUCGGAGGUAGCACUGGUGACCAAGCUGUACUCUUGAAAAAGAAAUUCCCACACGCCGCCGGUCGAAUUGUUGUCCAGGACAUUCCAAGUACACUUAUCCACGCAAAACCAAUCGAGGGCAUUGAGUUCAUGGAGUAUGACUGCUUCAAGCCACAGCCAGUGAAGGGAGCAAAAUUUUAUUAUCUCCGCUAUGUCAUGCAUCUCUGGCAAGACGACAAAUGCGUGGAAGCAUUAAAAACCAUUGUCCCGGCAAUGGGGCCCGACUCCAAGAUUCUCAUUGACGAAGUGGUUGUUCCGGCAUCUGAUGUACCGUGGCAAGCUGCAUGCCAGAGUAUUCUUAUGAACUCAGCUCUUGCUGGGGCGGAGCGCACUCUGGUAGAAUGGCAGGGGCUGCUUCAGGCAGCUGGUCUUCAAAUUGUCGACAUUUUCACGUAUGAUACUAAUAUGCAGUCGAUUAUUAUGGUAGUUCCGAAAAACUGA